UUUGUCAGUUUAACGAAACAAAGCCCAACUUAUUAUAUACUUGUCGACAAGCUUCUAAUUCUCAUCCCUUCCGUUCAAAAACCCUAAUAAUCACCCAAAAACCCUCAGUCUUUGUCCCCUUCGAGUUUUUAAUUCCACAUCUCCUUCUGUUUAGGCUUUGGGGAUUCCGAAUUAUCUUCGACAGCAACCUUAAAUCUUCAGCUAUGGCUGCUAGAAUUCUUGCAAACUUGAUUGUUAUGGGAUCUGGAAUAUUGGGAAGGGCUGUUUUUCAGGCAUACCGUCAGGCUCUUGCAAAUGCCUCAAAAUCUGGUGUCGCUCAAGAAACAAUGCAGAAUAUCAGGAGAGGAAGCAAAAUUAUGGCGGAACCAGAGGCAAGGCAGAUAUUAGGUGUGACAGAGCAUUCAUCCUGGGAGGAAGUCUUGAAGAAAUACGACAACUUGUUUGAGCAAAAUGCUAAGAACGGGAGCUUUUACCUCCAGUCAAAGGUUCAUCGGGCUAAAGAAUGUUUAGAAGCAAUUUACCAAAAGAACGCUCAGGGAACCCCGGAUAUAUAAUCAGUUGAACACAUUACACCUGCAACGAUAACUCCAUUCCGCUAAUGGGGGGGGGGGGAAAUCCUUCUGAAUAUCCAUGAGCUCAUAGAAAUUCCACUUGUGAUAACACUAUCUAUUGCAACCAUUUACUGUAAUCCAAUUAAUGAAAUGAUAGCAAUAGUUUUAAACUUGGCAGUGUGAGUUUAUUGUGUGACAGCAGUAUGUGAAGCCAAAUAUGGUGAUGGGAUAUGAUGAACGUGCUACAUUAUUCCCUACAUUAGAUUUACUUAUAUAUGUAGGUGUAGGGGAUAGCCCUUGUUUGGUAGGCAGGAACUUUUGGAAAACACGUAGUUGUGGUUGCCUGACGGUAAAUCCGCACUGAUUGAAGUUAAAACUAA